AUCGGCUUUGCUUUUCAUACCUUACUAUUGGAAAGAUUUCGUCUUCUGGUUUAUUCCGCCACCAUUAUGACCCCACCAACUCAUAUCAUUGAUCCAGAUGGCGAAGUGAUCAUAAUACUGCGAAAUGCGAAUGCUCCUUUUGCACAGCCUGAUGAAGAUAUUAUUGCUGGCGUGGCCUCUGACCCUCUUAAAGCAAGCGAUAGUGUCCAGAGCCUCGCUGCAGAGGCCGGAAGGCCAGGAGCCGAGGGAAUAUCAUCAACGGCAACUCAUGCUCCAUCGCCAAUAGAAGAAUCUUCCUCUGCAUCUACUGAAGAGCCACCUGCGGAAGAACAACCUGUCGAAGAGCAAGCCGAAACUGGCUCUUCUCCUGAAUCGCCGGACGAGGAUUGCAUCCGCAUCCAAGUCUCCGCAAAGCAUCUGAUAUUUGCCUCCUCCGUAUUCAAGAAAACGCUGACCGGAGGUUGGAAAGAAAGCGUUACAUAUUUGCAAAAGGGCUCCGUUGAAAUAACUGCCGAGGGCUGGGAUCUCGUAGCGCUCCUGAUAUUACUCCGUGCGAUUCAUGGUCAAUACUACUCUGUGCCACGAAAGCUCACCCUCGAGAGGCUCGCCAAAGUGGCUGUCCUAAUCGACUACUAUAAGUGCAAGGAGACAAUGUAUCCUUUGACAGAUAUCUGGCUCAAGGCCCUUGAAGAACCGAUUCCCACGACGUGUUCUCGAGAUUUGAUUUUGUGGUUGUGGGUUUCCUGGUUCUUCCAGCUCCCAGCCCAAUUCAAAAAAUCUACAUCGACUGCCAUGUCAUGCAGUACUGGUUGGAUUAGCAGUCUGGGGCUUCCGAUCUCCUACUCAGUCCUUAAAUCAAUGAAUGACCGUAGACAGGAGGCUAUCAACAAUCUGGUCGUCCUUGUCCAUGAAACCCGCGAGGCCCUCCUCAGCGGUAGUCAAGGGUGUGGCUUCGAAUGCAGCUCAAUGAUGUACGGAGCUCUUUCAAAGCAGAUGCACUCAAGUAAUCUGCUCUCACCAAGACCGGCGGCUCCUUUUCCGAACUUGAUUUACAAAGAUCUUGUGCAGCAGCUAUUGGCAUUCAAAUCACCACGAUGGUAUGGUUAUGAUUCGUCCUCGUAUUAUGACAGCUAUAGCCACCAGUGCAGCGCCUCAUCCUUCAAAUCUAUAUUUAGAAAUUUGGAUAGCACUGUCCACGGCCUUGACUUGGAAAGCUCGACUGUAUAAUGACUGGGGUAUUUCCUGGCUUCUUCGCAUUUCCAAGUUCUUCCGGUCAUUGAAUGGAAUGGUCUCCGUCGAUCAGUCACUGACUGUCAGCUAAAGAACAAAAAAAAAUCGAACUGUUUCUUCUACAUAGAAAGAAGUCAAAU